AGAAUAGGUGGCUGAAUCACAGGUGGUAGAAUAUGGCUGGACAAAUAUCGGAAUCUGAUCAGAUAAAGCAGUUCAAGGAGUUUCUUGGAACAUACAAUAAACUUACAGAAAACUGCUUCCUGGAUUGCAUAAAGGAUUUCACUAGCAGAGAGGUUAAACCAGAAGAGAUGACUUGCUCAGACCACUGCCUACAGAAGUAUUUAAAAAUGACACAAAGGAUCUCCAUGAGAUUUCAGGAGUACCAUAUUCAGCAGAACGAAGCUCUGGCAGCUAAAGCAGGACUGCUUGGCCAACCUCGCUAGACAAGAGCACUCUGUUCAGACUUUACAAGCAGUGCCAGAGUUCAUUGGGCAAGAACGUAUUUUGGAUUUUCUACCGUCAGGAUGUAUGUCCAGCAACUC